UUUAGGUACUUUACUUCGGUAUGCAGGUCAUUUGAAUUAAUCAGUACAAUUUAAGGAUGGGCUCUUCUUUCAGGAGACCUACUUACGUUUAAUGAUAAAUAAAUGCAGUCUUCAUGGUAAUGUAAUCAAGUUAGGUACACAUUUACUACCUAACGCAUUGAUUUUCAAGAACUUGUUGUUUCUUCUGAACGAAAGCUUCAUUCAACAUGGGUAAAAAUUUCAACCGUUUCGUGAAAGUGAUAACCGUCGAACCGGCGUAUUUUUUUUACUGGUCAACUUACGUUAUAGCAGAUUCCGCGUAUACAAAUCUAUUAUUACAGAAAAAAUGCCGCGUCAGCACUUUAGCCGAACCAGAUUUGAAUACACCGUGUGACGAUGAGAAACAAGGAGUUGUGUUCGCCACCGAAAUGAAUUCUUUCUAUCGUAUGGUGAUGUUACUAUUAGCUUUAAUCGUUGCGAUAUUUAUGUCAUCCUGGAGCGAUGAAGCUGGAAAACGAAGAAGACCUCUCAUUUUCCUACCAAUAAUCGGUUUAAUUUUUCAAUCAAUUUUUGGCUGCUUGCAUUCUUAUUUUUGGUCGUGGAUUCCGACAAGCGCCGUGUUAUUAAACAGCAUUCCUGAAGUGAUAACUGGAGGGAUCUCGAUGAUGAUAAUGGCAACUCAAAUUUAUAUUUGUGAUGUAUCUUCGUUGGAAAAUUGUACACUGAGGAUGGGUAUACUUCUAGCGACAAGAACACUUGCUGAUUUGUUUGGAUGUGGCAGCAGCGGAUUUAUUCUUCACAGUUUUGGGUUCUUUUACACGUACCUGCUGUGUUUUGUUUUAUCGGUUAUAUCCUUGAUCUUGGCUUGUAUUUUUGUCAAAGAUGUAUCUGUGCCGGUUAGUAAAAAAUCGAAUUUUAUAAAAUCUUUCAAUGUGACAAAGAUUGUGGAUAGUUUCAAAGUGGUUUUCAGUAAGAAACUGGGGAAGAAUAGAAUUGUUGUGGUUAUGUUGAUGAUCACCUAUACUUUAGUAUUUUUCACCACUCAAGGAGAAAAGGGUAUUUUAUACUUAUUCCUGAGGCAUAAAUUCCAUUGGAAUGAACGUGAAUACAGUAUAUACGUUCUUUAUCGGUACACUGGUGUUAUUGUUGGAAAUCUAUUUUGCUCUGUUGUAAUGAGUAAACUUUUAAAAUUACACGAUGGAAUGAUAGGCAUAAUUGCUGGAAUUUUCGAUACCAUCGCUGCUUUUGGGUAUCUGUUUGCCAGCCAAGAUUGGCAUCUUUACGUUGUUCCUUUGUUUGACGUUUUUCACGGAGCUGCUUUAACAGUGUGCAUAUGUUUUCUCAGCAAGUAUUACGAAAGUCAUGAAAUAGGUCGUUUAACUUCUGUCCUUGGCGUAUUUGCCCUGAUAAAUCCAUCAUGUCAUCCAACUUACAAUGGUAUUUUUGAGUAUGCUUUAGAUGUAUUCCCUUCAGCCCAUUUCUUAUUGAGCGUUUCUUUGGACUUGAUCAUUGUUUUAUUGUACUGCGCAUCAUAUUCAUUCAGUCAGAAAUUCAAGAUAUCAAAAUCAUUCACCAAAGAGGAAAUAAAAAUAAUUCAUUGAAAUACCUAUUGAAUCAUGUCAUGUCAAACUUCUGAAUACUCACUGUUGUUUGCACUUGAACUUUGACCUACUUUUCUUAUGAAUUUUUUUAUUAAGAAUCAAAAGUCACAUCAUCUCGAACUGUGGCAACUAAGUAAGUAUUUAUUGUUCUUUCCCAAAUAAAACAUUAACCUAUGUGAA